AUGAUGGCGACGAGAGCUGCUCAAGCACUGACAAGGAGACUGCCAUAUCGCCCUCCUAAUGAGCUGAAUCAUGUUAACAGCGCACUACGCACGUCCAGGUUUAUAGCUUACACGUCAACAACAAUCACAUUACGUCAAAAGCAUACAUUACGAUCAUGGCAACAUACCACAUCACGAACACUGGCAACCAAUACCACUGAAAAUACCGCCGCUACCUCCAAACCAGACUCGAAAGUACCGUCGGGUGCUACAAUAACACCACCAUCAUCCGACACUACCAAUGUGGCUAGCACGUCUCAAACCGCCUCAACAACACCACCAUCAUUACUUCGACCUGCAGCUGCGAAAGAGGAAACACCUGUCGAACGUGCCGUACGUGUAGCCAAAGAAGGCGAAUUGGAUGCCAUGGACAAGGCAUGGCGAGAAUCCGAAGUCGUUGAUGAAGAUCCAGCUAAUAAAGUAAAGAAACCCAUCAUGGAGCGAAUCAAGAAUGAAUUGGUGCAUUAUUGGCAUGGUACUAAACUACUUGGUGCUGAAAUCGCUAUAUCAAGUCGGCUGCUCAUGCUAGUGUUGAGAGGGCAUAAGCUUACUCGUCGUGAACAGAGACAGCUGAGGAGAACUACUGGUGACUUUCUAAGACUUGUGCCGUUCUUGAUAUUUGUCAUUGUGCCCUUCUUGGAAUUCGCACUCCCACUCUUUUUACGAUUCUUCCCAAACAUGUUGCCAUCUACUUUUGAAAGUAAAUUCGAUGAGCAAGAAAAGAAGAAGAGGCUGUUGAAAGUACGUUUAGAGAUGGCCAAAUUCUUGCAAGAUACUAUUGAAGAUGUAUCUAUUGCUGGUACUUCCAAAGCUGAGGCAGCUAAAGAGUUUAGUCAAUUCUUCCUCAAGUAUCGAACAUCGGGUGAACAAGCCCCCAACGAAGAAAUCAUUCGAAUUGCUCGAAAAUUCGAAGACAAUUUGACAUUGAAUAACUUGUCGCGACCACAAUUGGUCUCUAUGUGCAAGUAUAUGAACAUCAAUGCGUUCGGUACAGACAACUUUUUGAGACAUCAAAUCCAACGGAAGAUGAAGGAGUUAGAGUCUGACGACAAGACCAUCGCAGAAGAAGGAAUCGAGUCACUCAACGUCAAAGAAUUACAGCAAGCUUGUGCUUCUCGCGGUAUACGUACUAUAGGAGUAUCACCAGCCAGGUUACGAUCCGAAUUGGCUCAAUGGUUGGACUUGCAUCUCAAAAACCAAAUCCCUUCAACCCUCCUCGUCUUAUCACGAGCAUUCACAUUCGAUCGACCUAUUGAUCGACCUAGUGAUACUGCUGAAGCGCUACAAGCUGCUCUGCAUUCGUUACCUCAUCAGGUCGUGAAUGAGACAGCUCUAGGUAUUGCUGAAGCUGAGGGUAAAGCUACUUAUAAACAAAAGUUGGAGGUUUUGAAGGAACAGGAAGAGCUUAUUGAAGAUGAGAGUGAACAGGAAGAGGCCUUGAUGAAGGUCAAGAUGGCCAAAGAAGCCGAACAAAGGAAGAAGGCUGCUGCUGCCACUCCGACAAUAGAAGCACCACCUGCUCCUAUACAAAUAGCUGCUCCUCAACCAACAGCAGCAGCCGCUCCCUCCAAACCAGCUGAACCAGCAGCCAAAGUAUCAGAAGCUCCAACACCACCAGCUGCUGAACCUAUACCUGCACCUGCCAAACCAGCUGCAGCUCCAGCAGUAGCAGAAGACGGAGACAACAUCUCGGAAGCUCAACUUGUACAAUUGGGUGCUGCACUUAAAAUCUUAACUGCAGAUUCAGUAUUUCAAGAUGUUCGACAUGAAGUGGCUGAAAUCAAAUUGGAGCGUGCUGAAUUCAAAGAGGACAUUGAAGAACUCAAAUCGCUGGCUAAACAAGAGCCAGCCACUGUCACUUCUCGUCUUGGUGCCCGUGUAGACAAGAUGAUUGCCAAGAUUGAAAAGGAGAUCACCAGUUUGGAAUCUGCACCUCCUAAAAGGCAGAUAAUGCAGACUCUCAAACCAGAUCAGAGCGGGCGCAUUACGCUGGAAGAGUUGGAGGAUGCCUUGAAGAUAAUCCGUGAUCACCCAGCCGAUGAAAGGAUUAGGCGUAUCGUGCAGAGGUUAGAUACUGAUAACGAUGGUAAAGUAUCUCUAGAAGAAAUCCUCGUCUUGGCUGAUGAGGCUGAGAGUGAAGGUGUCGGUGUGCUUGUACCCGAACCUAAAAAAGAGACAUCUAGCCCUGCUUCUGCAAGUGCUGAUGCUUCAUCAGCAGGAACAAGCAGCACAGCUCAGAUACCCGCAAUCGCUGUCUCGAGUGAGACGGCAGCAACUUCAACUGUAAAAGUCGGAUCACCGCUUCCUGUAUCAGAUAAAACAGGUGCUAUACCCAUCGCACCACCAGAACUGUUGAUACAGAAGCAGUCUACAACUACAUCGCAACAUGAUAACAAAAUAUAA